AUGGCGUCGGCGCAAGGCCAGCCCCAGCCUGCAUACAUCCUCCGGGGGCAUUCAUCCCAAAUCCAUUCAACUUCAUUCAUACGAUCUAACAGUCGGCUUGUAACUGGCGAUACGGAAGGUUGGAUAGUUGUCUGGAGUCUUGCCAUCAAGAGGCCUGUAGCUGUAUGGAAAGCUCAUGAAGGGUCUAUUCUUGGAGCCAAGGCUUGGGGGAUCGACAAACUCAUCACGCAUGGCAAAGAUAACAAGUUGGUGGUAUGGAAGCUAUCGGAGGUAGACGAGGAAUCGAUGAGUUCUGUGUUGCCAGUUGAUACUGCCCCAGAGCCAAGGAAACAGCCAUGGAUUUUGCACAUUGUAGAUGUCAACACUAUGAACUUCUGUUCGUUUGCUUGGACACCAGCAUCACCAAGUCUCUCGUCUGAACAUGAUUCGUCCGAAGAGAUUUUGGUCGCAGUACCGAACAUAAUGACUUCAGAGACCGUCGACAUCUUCCACCUCCCAUCAUCGAAACGAAUCCACCGCAUCCCACAAGAUUCAUCCUUCAAAGGCGGCAUGAUAAUGGCCGUUUCCAUCUUCCACCACCCUCAAACCACCCUUCUAACCAUCAUCGCCGGCUACGAGAGCGGCCACACCACUGUCUCGCAACUCCCAUCCUCCUCCACCUCAAUCUGGCAAACACUCUACACCUCCCAACCCCACACGCAACCCGUUCUCUCCCUCGAUUCGUCCCCUUCGAAAGACUUCUAUCUCACCUCCUCAGCCGACGCCAUCAUCGCCAAACACCCCAUUCCCUUCUCCUCACAAAACGUAAUUCAAGCCACCGAGAACAAGCCUCUGAAAACGAUCCAAACGAAGCAUUCCGGGCAACAAGGCCUACAAAUACGCAACGAUGGUAAGAUAUUUGCGACAGCGGGCUGGGAUGCUAAAGUUAGGGUGUAUGCAACCAAGAGCAUGAAAGAGUUGGCUGUUUUGAAGUGGCAUAAGGAAGGGUGCUAUGCUAUUACUUUCGCGGAUGUUCAUGAGACUGUUGAGGAAGUGGGCAAGGGGUCGGAGUUAGCGAAGAAGAUUGGGACGAUGAGUGUUAAGGAGGAGAGGCUUUGGAAGGCGAAGACGGGACAUUGGGUUGCGGUGGGGAGUAAGGAUGGGAAGGUUAGUUUGUGGGAUAUUUACUGA